AUGGGUAGUCAUCGCCAGUCCGCGCUGAGCAAAUCCAUCCGCUCAGCUCUAUUCCGCGACCCCAACGACUUCAAAAGAACAACCACCGGACAUAUCCAGGUCCUUUUCAGCCUCUACUACAUCGAGCUCCUGCGCUAUGCCGACAUACUUUUCCAGCGACUGCGCAAUAAUGUCUGGCAGAUCGACGAGAACGAGUAUCUGGCGUGUUUCGAAGCGGCGAAUCGAGUGAAGUCGAUGGGGGAUUUGGGGUUCUCUGGAUCGACGUUCUUUAGUACCUCAAACUCCAAGUUCCUCAUCAAAUCCCUCCCCCGCCACUUCGAGCACUCGUUCUUCCGUCGCGACCUGCUGCAGCCGUACUACACGCACAUGUGCACGAACCCCGAUUCCCUUCUCGUCUGGAUAACGGACUACGUUUUCGCGCCGUACGUCACGAUCGGUAGCCUACUACGAACAACCCCCGUCCACCACAUCAUCAUGGAGAACACGCUGUGCGGGAAGAACGAUGACCCUGCGAAAGACCAGUGGGAGACGUAUGACCUGAAGCCGGUGGACUACUUCUAUCCCGAGCGGGAUCUGGUGCCCGAUCCGUUGUUGAAUGAGAAAACCAUGGAGAAACUGGGUGAUCGAUUCGAUGAUAAGAUCCGUCUUUCGCCAGAGGACUACACCGAUCUGAUAAGGACUAUGCGCAUCGACACAAAGUUCCUCCAGGAGUCGAAUGCGGUCGAUUACUCGCUGUUCCUUGUCAGGUAUCCCGCGACUUCGACACCCGGGGUUGUAGGGAGGAAGAAUCGGUGGAGGGUGGGUGUGCCGUCUGCUGAUGGGCAGUGGAAAUACCGUGCCGUCUUGUUGGAUUUCUUCUGGGCGAGGCAUAAGUUGCAUGCGCAGGCUAUGACGGGGGUGGUGCAGACGUUUAAUAUAAUUGGGAGACAGGGGCCUAUGACUAUUACGACGACGCCGGAGGAGUAUCGAGAGAAGUUCUUGGAGAUGGCGGAGGCUAUAGUGGAGGUGGAUGAGCCUAACCCCGAAGAAGUCUAA